UGGCUCAUGAUUAGUUUUUCCCUCAUACUUGCAUUAUUCACUAUGUUGAUAGGCAGAAUUCAUCAGCGCAAAUGAGUCUGCCCUCACUAAACUUUUUUUCUUUUUUUAAAGAUCUCUUUUGUCACUUGUUGAUGGACAUAAUAUAAAUUGACCUAAAAAAAAAGAAUACAAACAGUCAUUCAAAUAGUAUUGGAGGAAAAGCAACUAAAAAUAUGAAAAGAACUUACAAGAAACUAACAGAAAGUUUUCCCGAAAGUAUCCCAAAAUAUGUGGAAAAAAAGUACAAAAAGAGAAAACAAUUACAAAAUGUUAUAAAAGAAUGAAUAACAUGGAAGAAGUAACAAGAAACUGAUGAAAAAAAACAUGAUCAAAAAAGAAAUGGAUUUUUAAAAAAAAAUGUCGAUCCACAUAGUUUACUGAUUGCCCGAGUUUUUGGAUGUUCUAAAAGGAAUUAAGAUCUGUAAUUUUCAGGACUUUCAAAGUGUCUAUAACAGAGCCAAAAGGUACAAUUUCAUAUGAACACUAUAUUAUUAAUUAAUUUAUAAUGUAUUUAUAUAAAAUGUAUGUAUUUAUGUUAGUAUUUUAUCUAAUUUAUGUAUAGAAUUUAUGUAACGAUUUUAGAAUUUUAAUAAAGCAAUUGAUAUAUAGAAAGAGUUGAAGUUGGAGAAAAAAAAUCUGACAAAAAUUCCUCACCCUUGGGUCGUUUUUUUCAUUUGCAUUAAUAUAGUAAACUGGUUAAAAAAAAAAAAUCUACCAUGCUAACAGUAUACAUAAAGGAACAAUCCAAAAGUAUUAAAAAAAUUGUUGGGGUGUUUUAAAACAGUUACUUUUUAAUCACUCUGAUUAAUUAGUGCAACAGCGAGCUGACAUCCCAGAAAGUGAUGAUCAGAGAAUGACAGAACACACUCAAACCAAGUAGUGCUUGGGUGCCUGUUCAUGUUUUUUUAUGAUAUUUUAUUCAAAUUCCAUGGAUUUGAUGGAUGUCUGGACUUAAACUGCUAUCACUAUUUUUUUUUUUUAAUCCCACAUUGUUUCUUUUGUAUGUUAAUAUAAGUAAAGUGUAUUCAUCAUCUUUCAUUAUUGAUUGAUUAGAUGGCCGAGACCACUAUUGCAAUACGUCAAUUCAAGUUGGUUACUGUGUUAUGUAUUAUCUUGAAUGAAAUCUGAAUAGUUUUGACAGAUGUUAUUUUUAUUUUUUUUUUUGCGCUAAGCUUGAAUUCUCUAGGAUGCUAAAUAACGUAUUAUAAACAAUGAUCUUAUUUUCCCAUUGCACAGAAGAGGCUUGGCGCGAGUCUUUCGGUGUGCGCUUUCGCAGUAGGCCUCAUUGUCGUUUUAUGCAAAGCGUGCGGAGCGGGAUUGGGCGCGCUGCGAUGUAUGCAAAUGAGUCUCGCCGGCUGCCGGUGUUCAAGCGCCGCACAGGUCAAGAAGAUGAGCGCAGACACUCUGGAGCAGUCGGACACUCAGGCGGAGCAAACAAAGCAAAAAGGAAUUGGAUUCCAUCUACAAAUAAAGACUGAGGACAUUGUCGACUCUUCCCACCUGAGCUCCUCGCUGAAGACAUGUCACAUGACGCAGAGCCCCCCCAUGCACGGCUCUCACUUGCCCGGGGACCUGACGUCCCUGCACAGCAUGCAGCAGCUGGUCCUGAUGCCGCCGUCUCACCUGUCGUCUCCGUCCCCCUUCCUGCUCUCCCAGAACCCCCCCAGCCACCACCAAGCUCUCCUGCAACAGAACCUGAUGUCGCUACCCGGGCAGAACCACAGCAGCCUCAUGCAGCAUCAGCCUGGCCUGGCUUUGACUCCGCAGGGGAUGAGGACCUCCGGCCUGGCGGGCCCGUCCAUGGACAACCACAUGGACAUGUCGCACCCGCAGAUGCUCAAGCACAUGGCGGUGUCGCCCCAGGAAGAGCCCAGCGACCUGGAGGAGCUGGAGCAGUUUUCCAAAGCCUUCAAACAAAGACGCAUCAAACUGGGCUUCACGCAGGGCGACGUGGGCCUGGCCAUGGGAAAACUCUACGGCAACGACUUCAGCCAAACGACCAUCUCUCGCUUCGAGGCGCUCAACUUGAGCUUCAAGAACAUGUGCAAGCUCAAGCCCUUGCUGGAGAAGUGGCUGAGUGACGCAGAAAACUCGCCUUCGGACUGCAUGAGCAGCGCGACCUCCCUGCCGCCGCUGAUGGAGGGCUACGGACGCAAGCGCAAAAAGAGGACCAGCAUUGAGACCAAUAUCAAGCUCACGCUGGAGAAGCGCUUCCUUGACAACCCCAAACCCAAUUCUGAGGAGAUCACGAUGAUCUCGGAGCAACUGGCCAUGGAGAAGGAGGUGGUCCGGGUUUGGUUCUGCAACCGGCGCCAGAAGGAGAAGAGGAUCUACUGCCCAGUGACGAGUUUGCCCGUCAAGACACAGAGCUACAACUCCAGGAUGGCUGCUGCAGUGUCCAUAUCUUACAGUCCGCUAGCUUCAGGAGGAGUUUCAUCAAGUUCAUCUCCAAACUGCGUGAGUCGGGAAGUUUCUCCCGACAGCAUGUCCAUGUCCAUGUCCACGGCGUCUUUAACGUCUCUGGUCAACCCGACGUCUUACAGCAGUCCAGGGUCCUGGUACCGCAAUUGGAAUUCUAGCGUGUAUCCCCACUGAAGCACUCCUUCGCCCACCAUUUUUUUAAACGUUUAUUUUAGAAAGAUGUACCACGAAGAGCUUGCGAAGCAGACGCACUUCGACAUUGAAACGCACACGGAAGAAACAUCGGGACAUGAAGAUGGAGUCGCCCCCCCCCUCCCCGCUCGACCUCCCCACCUACCCACCUGUCUGCUGCUUGACGAUGUUUUUACAGUCAAGCCUAUAAACUUAUAGAUGUGAGACUGUCGGGAGGAGAAAAAAAAAAGUCAAAAUGUUUCAGUUAGUCGGGAUGUACAUAUUGAGUAAGAAGCGCUUGUGUUGGGAUGCGUGUAUGCAAGGUCUUACUGUUUGUCUACAUCCAAGUUUUGGUCGUCAACUGCAGGCCUACAAGUCGUCAAGCAAUGGUGCAAAACGGCUCGUUUUACUCUUAUUUGCGCUACACAGAACACGAAUGGGCCAGUGCCAUUUUUGUUAUUUGGGAGGAGAACGAUCUUAUGGCUGUAAUAAAAUCUGCAGGAUUUAUAUCUUGGUGAAUGAAGUGGCAACGCUUGUUUAUUUUCAAUCCUUUUUUUUUUUUCACAAAAAUUUGUUUUUUAUUCCCCGCUUUGCCAAAUAUGACUCUGGGCUUGGGUCACAUUGGUUAUUCACAUUUGAUCAUAUUGCUUGAACCUUCAUCUACAACUGAGAUCAUGCCAUCCACAGCACAAGUGCCAAACUCAAGGCCCGGGGGCCAUAUCCGGCCCACAACGUGAUUUUAUGUGGCCCACGAAGCCAAAUCUAGUGUCAAUUUCCAUGGUUCUUGUAAAAAUCUGUACCAAAAUUAUUUCAAAUUUUUAUCUCAUAAAUGAUAAAGUUGAGAUGUUACAAGCAUUUUUGUUCCCGAACAUGAAUAUUUGAAAAACACAUUACCUUUGAUUUCUGAUUCGAAAACUAGUUAAUAAAUUGAUGUAUAUAUGAUGAGACGAUUAAAUACUUUUAUUGUUUCACAGCCAUAACGGCCCUCUGAGGGAAACCAGAACUACAAUGUGGCCUGUGAGAAAAUUGAGUUUGACACCCCUGAUCUACAGUAUCAUGUAGAUUGCUUGAAAGAAAAGAAACAAACCAGGAUUACAAAAAAAAAAAUUAAAUAGCAGAAAAUGCAGUAGUGGUCUGCAUCCAAACAUCCCUCAAAUCUUUACGUUUCCCUGCAAUGUUUUUUUUUUUUUAACUUACCUGCAUUUUAGUAGUGGGGAACCUACGGCUCGUGGGUGAUCUAAAAACAAACACAAGAAUACUGUAACAACAGGAAAAACCCCACAUAUGCUCAAAAUACUGUAUGUAAAAAUGAACAUUUCCCUAAAUUUAAGCAGUACUUUAUUCUACCUGAAAAGAAAGCUUCCCCUUCACUACCGUUGAAUACUUUGUGCACACAAUUGUAAUAAUAAGCAUUUGUAAUUCACGCAAGUGAAAAUAAAAGUCAA